AUGACCAUAUCCGGUCUUCUAUCCCCGCGGACGUGGGAUGCCGCCACCACGGAGGCGGGCAACGGCGACCCCUUGCGCUUCAGCCGGGGGCCCAGCGCAGCCAUCCCCUUCCCCACGGUGACGGCGGCCUUCUUCUACCACGCGCAGAUGCACCCGCAUGCCCUGGCCGCCCGGGACCUCUCCUCCCUCGAGAAGGGAGCGGGGCCCGGGGCCGUCGUCAGGGAGGUGGACUACGCGACGCUGGCCACGCGCAGCCGGCGGCUGGCUCACCAGCUGCGCAAGCUGGGUGUGCAGGCCGGCGACCGGGUCCCCCUGGUAGUCAAGCGUGGGGUCGAGAUGCUAGUCGGGAUCCUGGCGGUCCUGGCGUGCGGCGCCCAGUACGUGCCGCUCGACGGCGGCGUCGUGCCCGACUCGACGCUCGCCUUCGCCCUGGAGCAGGCCGGCGGCGCGCCCGGCCGCAAGACGGUCGCGCUCUGCCUCGCCUCCACCGAGUACCGCGUCCAGGCCGUGCGCGAGGACUGCCUGACGGUCGUGAUUCCCGCCGAUGACGCCGGCGAGGCGGACGAGUACGAGAAGGCCACGGAUGAGUUUGUCGACCUUGCGACGCCCGACCAUGGGUGCUAUGUGAUUUACACGUCUGGAACUACUGGUACGCCAAAGGGCGUCGAUGUGACGCAUCGGAACGUGACCAACCUGCUUUGCCUGUCCCCUGGAGGGCUGGGCAUCAAGCCUGGGAUGCGGGUUGGUCAGGUCCUCAACAUCAGCUUUGAUAUGGCGGCAUGGGAGAUCUUGGGAUGUCUGUGCAACGGCGGAACCCUGGUCCUGCGGGGCUCAGACUGGCUGCCGACCAUCCGCGAGAUCGACGUCCUGAUCUGCACCCCCAGCAUCCUGUCAAAAUACGACCCCUUGACCUUCCCCAACAUCAAGACCGUGGCCACCGCGGGGGAGCCCAGCAACCAGAGGCUCGCCGAUCUGUGGGCUACCCAUGGCACCUACUAUAACUGCUGUGGCCCGACAGAGACGACCAUCGUCAACACCAUGGACAAGCACGUGCCCGGGGCACCCUUGUCCAUCGGAGCGCCGACGCCCAACAACUCGGUCUACAUUCUCGACGACAACCUGGAGCCGGUGGCCCUGGGAUCGCCUGGGGUGAUGUGGGCGGGCGGCCUCGGCGUCUCCCGCGGCUACAUUGGCCUGCCGGACAAGACGACCGAGAGGUACCUCUGGGACAAGUUUGCUCGUGACGGCGUGAUGUACAACACGGGCGACCUCGGGCGGUGGAACCCCGACGGCACCAUCGACAUUCUCGGGCGCGUCGACGACCAGAUCAAGAUCAAGGGCUUCCGCGUCGAGCUCGAUGGCGUCUCGGCCUCGCUCCUCUCUGUCCCCGGGGUCACGCAGGCGGUGGCGCUGCUAGUCGACCGGGAGAUCCACGGCUUCCUGGCGCCGGCGGGCUGCGACGUGGCCAAGGUCAAGGAGCACAUGGCCAAGCGGCAGCCUUACUACGCGGUGCCCACAAAGUUCCACCUCCUGGACGACCUCCCGCACACGGCCAACGGCAAGCUCGACAAGCGGGCGCUGCGCGGCCUGGCCAGCGCCGAGCGCAGCAUCUCCCCGUCGGGCUCCGAGACGGCCCUGUCCAAGACCACUACGGGGACCACGAGCAGCUCGGCCAGCUCGAUCGGGAAGGAGAAGGAGCAGGAGCAGGAGCAGGAGCAGACCCCCGCGGCGCGGUCGCCGGACCUCUCGCUGCCGCUGCCGGAGAAGAAAAGGCCCAAGACGCAGCGCAACCUCGUCUACCGCGUCUUCAUCGUGUACCGGUUCCUGUUCUCGGUCGUGGGCGUGGCCAACGUGGCGGCCCUCGUCUGCAUCCUGGCGCUGGGCGUCGACCGGCGGUGGCUGGGCACCAUGACGGCCAUCAACCUGGUGGUGGCGGUGCUGGUGCGCCAGGACCACGUCAUCAACGCUCUCUACAGCGUCUUCUGCUCGGUGCCCAAGUCGUGGCCCCUCGCCAUCCGCGCCCGCGCCGCAAAGAUCUACCACCUCGGCGGCGUCCACUCGAGCGCCGCCUUUUGCUCGGGCGCCUGGCUCCUCGCCUUCAACCUCUCGGGCGUUGUUUGUUCCGCCACCGAGUGCGGCGCCGGCGCCGGCGCCGCGCCCUCCAUCGCGACGGCCGUGCUCUCGUGGCUGCUGACGGGGCUCUACUGCGUCAUGUUUGUGUUUGCCUACCCGACGAUGCGCAAGAAGUACCACGACCGGUUCGAGCGCGUGCACCGUUUCGUGGGCUGGACCAUGCUCGGCCUCUUUUGGGCGCAGACGGUCGUCGGGGCCGCCGACGCGGCCGCGGCGUCGCAGGGGACCCUCAGCCUCGGGCGGGCCUGCCUGCAGUCGCCGGCGCUCUGGAUGCUGGCGGUGGCGACGGUCAGCAUCGCGCUCUCGUGGACGCACCUGCGCAAGGUCAAGGUCGAGUCCGAGGUGCUGUCGGACCACGCGGUGCGGCUGCACUUUGACUACACGGUCCCCGUAAACGGCAGCUUCGCGCGCGUGUCGAAGCGCCCGCUGGUCGAGUGGCACUCGUUCGCGACGGUGCCGGCGCCGACGGCCGAGGACGGGCGGCGCCCGGGCUACUCGCUCGUCGUGUCCAACGCGGGCGACUGGACGCGCGACGCGAUCCGCAACCCGCACUCGGAGCUGUGGGUGCGCAGCGUGCCGACGUGCGGCGUCAUGCGCAUCGCGACGCUCUUCAACCGCGUCGUCGUCGUCGGGACCGGGUCCGGCAUCGGCCCGCUCCUGGGCCACGUCCAGCGGCCCAGCUGCCCGACCGCGCUCAUCUGGUCGACGCCCAACCCGGAGAAGACGUUUGGCCGGGGCGUCAUGGACGCGAUCCGCAGGACGAUCCCGGACGCCGUCAUCCACGACACGCGCGUGCUGGGCAGGCCCGACCUGGUGGCCAUGUCGUACAGCCUCGUCCAAAGCUUCGGGGCCGAGGCGGUGAUUAUCAUCGCCAACGAGAAGAUCACAAAGAAGGUCGUCUACGGGCUCGAGACCAGGGGCGUGCCCGCGUACGGCGCCAUCUGGGACAGCUGAGGUGUUGCUUCGGGGCUUUUCUUUUUGUCAACGACCCCCUCCAUUUAUGGCGGAGGUGGGGGCGGCUUUUUUUUUGUUUCUGUCACUUCUGUUUCCUGCGCUUCAACCUUUAUUUUUCUAUUUCGCUUCGUAGGAUACCUAUUUGCUUGGUGGACUUAUUCCUAUUUGGUGUCGUUUCCUUUCUACACCUUUUCAUAAGUUGAUGGACGGCGCGGGGACGAAAAAAAAAAGCAGUCAAGGGGAAAUACAGAACCCCAGUUAGGCCGUCAGACAGCCUUACACCACUAUUCGCGUCGCUCAUUUUAACGGGCACAAAGCCACCCAUUCACGGCCAAUACAAGGCAAUCAAUAACACUUUCCAACUUGCU